UGUCCAGCCACAAAGCACAAUCCAGAAAGCGAGCUUCACUACCCUCUCCAAUGGCGGACAUGAUGACGAUGCAGCAGCAGCUCAUGAUCAACAUCCGACAAACCACCCACCCCAUCACAAACAUUAACAACGAGUCUUAUUACCAUUGUUGCUGUAAUAAUCUCCAUCCUCCGGUCUGCAAGCCGACCUGGAAACUCUACGAGAAUCCAUUCUACGCCGCCUCCAAUCAGAAGCCGCCGCUCCAACCCCUCGGCGGCGCCGCCGACCGGAAAAUCCACCGCCUCCAUCUCCCCGUGUCGGCGAGGAAGCUGGCGGCGUCGUUUUGGGACCUCGAUUUCAUCAAGCCGCCGGAUAUGCUGUCGGAAUCGGACAAAGCUAGGGCACAGAUUCUGGAACUUAAGAACAUUCUAGAAACCGAGCGCAAGGCCAGGCGGAAAAUCGAAGGUUUGAAUAAAAAGCUCGCGACGGAAUUAAUGGAGGAGAGGAAAUCGCGGAAAGCUCUGGAGAAGCGCUGUGAAGAUCUGGCGAACAAAAUCUCUUCUGACAAACUCGAAAUCUCUCGAAUGAGGCGCGAAUUCGAGGAGGAAAGAAAAAUGCUCCGCACGGCUGAGGUAAUCCGCGAGGAACGUGUCCAGAUGAAGCUCGCCGAGGCGAAGAUCCUCCUGGAGGAGAAAUUCUCCGAAAUCGACAUCUCCGGAGAUGUCGGGAGCCGCCGGCGGCCGGAAUCCAUGGCCGAUCGUUCGGACAUUGUUGACGGCGGCGGCGGUUAUCGUCAGACAUCAAUGUUGCGGGGGAAAUUGAGGUUAGUGUUGGGAGAGAAGAAGAAGACGGCGGCGACGGAGAAUCCGCACAUUAGGCGCGGAAUUAAAGGAUUUGUGGAGUUUCCGAAGGUUGUAAAAGCGAUUGGUUGCCGGCGGAAGGACAGUUUGGGGAGCAAAUUGGAGUGUCCGAGAGCUCAGUUGAAGAUACUGCUCAAGCGCAAUGGAACUGUGCCAAUUAAGGAUUUUAUUAUUACAAAAUAAUGUAAUGUUAAUAAUUUGGGUUAUGUCUACGCAAUUUCUUCAAUUCAUUAUUAUUUAUUGUGAUGAAAUGGAAUCCGCGUCUCCUGCAAAUUAGGCUAUCGCCACAAGA